CACACACACACACACACACACACACAAAACAUAUACACAUACUAUAUCUUCCUUUCUCUUUCACUCUCUCUAUCUCGUCAAAUGUGUAAGUGUAGGUACGCGUGUGCGCGUUUCUUUCUCGCCUCGCCUCGCCUUGCUUCGCUUCACCUCUCCUCUGUUGUCUAUCUCAGCUUUGCUCGUCGCCGCGAGGACGACGAGCACGUCCGCCGGCAAAUAAAAUCCGUGUUGGGUGAUACAGCGAUAGGGAUGGUGAUAAUCGCAGAUGAAAGGGAGUAAGAGGAAAUGUUGAGCAUCCUGAGAGACUUUUCGUGCGUUUUCAUAAUACAUGUGAAUCAUAUCUAGAGACGAAGUACAUAAAUCAAAAUUGAAAACGAGAGAUUGCGAGGGGUAGUGAGUAAAAUUUAUUGAGUAGGAGCAAUAUUGAAGUAGGAAGAGACGCGUGAAAAAAUAGGGUGAAAAGAAAAGUGACAUUUGAAAGAAGAGAGAUCAAAAGGAGAGAGAGGGAGAGAGAGAGGGAGAGAGAAGAAGGAGAGGAGGGAGAGGGAGAGAGAGAGAGAGAGAGCAUUGGUAAUUUCUCUAAAAGAUUGGAGAAUCUCAAAUGUAAAUGGCAUAUUUGUAUUUUCUCUCCAGAUAUAACGCGAGAUGCGAAUAUAUCUUUUAAAGUGCAUCGUUGGUAAUUUUGUUUCGUAAAACAAAAUUUUGAAAUUAAAAAAAAAUCAUUCAAAGAAAGCAACGUAGUGAAAAAUAUAGAGCAAGAAAAAAGAAAAUCUAUUUAUUUCUUCGUGUAAUCUAGAAGAAAGAUUCCAUGACAAAACGUUGAUCAUGAAAUCUGUGAAUAAUAAUGAUCGAGAAAGAUAUAAAAAGACGAAGAGAAGAAAAGAAUGACGGGUUGACUCUUAAAUGAACAUAAAUUACUAACACCAAGACAAAAAAACAAGAGAAAAAAAAGAAUGUGUGAUGACACAAAAUAAAAAUAUUGAGUAAAAAUGAGUGCUGUGCAAGACGGCGUGAACUAUAAAGUGAUUUCAAAGUGACAAGUAUUGAACGCGAUCAAACGGCGAGAUUCUGCUUUCAGCUCCGACUUUUCUUCCAGUUUCGCGCGUUUCGUUGUCAAGAGUAUUGAUAUUUCGCAGCAAACACUCGAAGACUCGUGCUAACUGACAUCGAAAGCAUGAGAGACAUACAUUUGUCUUCGACUAAAGAUGUGUCCAAGAGCUGAUCUUAGUUCAAGUCACUUGCCGAGUGUCUGCGCGCGCGAGAAAGGAAAGUAAUAAAACGGGAACCGAUGAACACGUAGAGGAUGGAAGCAUGAUUCUGGUACCGCAGAUACGACGAACUCGACGGAAAACUAUCGAAGAAAAGGACGAAAUGACGGGGAGAAAUUGUGGGGAUAUGGAUACCCGCAAGGAUGGUGGGGUCGGUCGAUCGCGAGGCUCGAAUCUGUUGACUUAACCGUCUCCAAGGGGAAUCUCGACAUGAGUCCGGUGGAGCCAAACGGGACGUCAUCGUACUUCUGUUUAAGUUACGUAUUAUGAGAGAUUACGUUCGCGACAUGACUUCGGCAAAGAGAAUUACCGCGUAUCGUUGACGUCACUACCGGAAUAUCAAUGUUCUCAAGACAUGAUUCGAAGGAAGACUCGCGCCUUUUGCUAAUGUCAUCGCAGGAGAUUAUUUCGAGUUGGAGUCGAUCCCUGAUAUUUUCUGUAGCAUGUACGUGACCCUAACGACGUGGAAAGAAAUUUGUGGUAGUAGAGCCUCGAAAAGAUUGGGCGGUACAACUUUAUGCCCUUGGUACGGUACCGUUUCCUGAAAGACGAGGCUAGGCAUUGGGUGCGUGUGUGUGUAUGUGUGUGCGUGUGUGUGCGUGUAUGUGUGAUUGCAUAGAAGAGGAAAAAACACGGGGAACUCAAAGAUAUCUUUCGUGCGGUGGUACCUGCGGCUGAGUGUCUCUUCAAAUUGCUUCAAUUGUCUCCAUUUCGUGCCAGGUACUUGCGAACAUCGUAUUGGAUCAGCUGUACAAAUCGGUAUCAAACGGUACCAUCGAAGGAUGAAACAAUCUAGCAAAACAUCGUGAGGACAAAGAGUGUACGUGUCUCGAUAGACGAUGACCGAUUGGCCGUCGUCGUGGUGGAGAUGACUACCAGGUUAGUGGCUCGUCCUGAAGACGACGACGACGACGACGAGGUCCACGAAAGGGCACGAGACUCGGCUGUGGGCUAUCACUGCCACUGAUAGGGCCGGCAUCCCAUCGCAGCUCACAUCGAUGCCGACUGCCACAUCUACGAAACGAGAUGGCAGAUCGUGGAAAUGUUUGCGUGUUUCACCUGUCACAAUUUCCCAAACUGGGUUAGCCAAUGUGCAUACUAGGCCAAGAAACUGCUCUGAUCGAAAUCGUAUUGCUGCAGUAUCUCGUCUUGGAGAUUGAAGGGAAGAGAGAUAUUUUCACUGCGGACUCAAACGUUUAAGAACACAUCUUUGGCCAAGGAAUUCGUGAAUACAAAAUAGGGAAGUGCACUGACGACUGAAUAUGCUCGAGCACAGAAUAGGAAUGGGGAGUGUCGGCAGCAACGUGACAGGGACGACGACGACAGAUCCAACGACGUUCCUGCCAGACGCAACUCCGACACUAAGCGAACGUGAACAGGUCAAAAUCGAAUUUUACAAAACGUACGAUGUCAUGACGGGGGUACGGAUCGCCGCGACCCUUGGUGGCUUUUUCAGCUUAAUGGUGUUGCUGGUGGUUUACAAGAGCAGAUGCAAAGCGAGUAAACAACUGGAAGAUCCAACUUUGACUGCAGCGGCAGCAGCGGCGGUCGCAGAAGCUGAAGCUGAGGAACGCGCCCUCGCCGCUGCUCUCGAAGCGAUCGCCAGGUUACCACCUAGGCUAGGUCGUGGUCCGAGAAGAUCAUUAUGCGUCGAGAUGGAUCAGUCUCAUUCACCCGUGGUAGCACCUCGCUUCGCCUCAGUCGGUGGAUACGACUCCCUGCUGGCACCGCCAAUCAGGCAACCGAGGUUGGCUCCCCCGGUCGAUCACAGAAGAUGUAGCUCGGUCACCUGUAGCAGCACUGGAAGCAGUUAUCUGGAACGAAGGGGUUCAGCCAUGGUAAUGCCGUGCCUUCCACCUCCUCCAUCCUACCCGCGUCACGCCGCCUACGAUGAGCCAUGGGAUUUAUAUUACCCUAUCGAUAUCCAGGUCAUACAGCCAACUCCGGAUUUAUCGCCAUGCGGAAGCGAAGUCGGUCUUUAUGCCGGUGCAGUCGGCAGCCUUAUGGCGGCGUCAUCGGGCAAAAGAGCACCGUUGGCAUCGAUGGGUAGCGUAGAUCCUCCCGAUCCAGAUACCAGGUCGCUCGGCUCCGAUUCCGUCUUUCUGAAGAACGAGGACGAGGAGCAGUGCGUCGAUACUGAGGACGAGGUCUCGGGUUUUUCUACGGACUCGGAUGCGCCUGGGCCAAGCUGUCGGCGGUUCCUACGGGUGCCUUCUAGGAAAAAACGGAUCCCCGAAAAAUGGGACGGAUGCGCGGGCUGCGUGCCCAGGCGACGAGCCGGUAGUAAACCCUGCCAAGAAUGUUUGACCAUCAGUGCCGCCGUCGAAACCUCCAGGUCGCAACCAGCCUCAACGACAACCAGUAGCAGUCAGAGUAGCGUGGGAUCUCCACCGUGUUCACCGAUCGAGCUAAGGCACAGACCACCACCAACGCCAUUACCAUCAAUCCCGCCAAUAUGGUCCCAAGAAACGCUCUUUUAGAAUGCAUCUUUCGUAGUGAGCAUGUCCUUCGACCUGUUUUUAUCGAGAUACGAAGCUAAAUUCAGAAUGUCGAUAUCUGAGGAAAUCAUUUGCUCAAAAGUUGAACAUUAUCUAAUCUUUAACCGUCUUGUACUUUUAGAAAACAAUCUCUUUUUUUCUUGAAUCUUGUCGCCAUUAAAACUCCAGAUAAUUAUAAUGUACAUGAAUUUGGAGAUUCAAUUGUUAUAUCGAUCAAUGAAUUCAACUAUAAUUCACGAAUGUAACAAUUGUCGUAUGGAAUUGUUAUAAAACUAUUUUUAAAAAUCAAAAUUUGGAUAUAACGAAAUUAAAAGAAAACAAAAUAAAAUUAUUAUACCAUAUUGGAUACCAUACUUAAGCUUUAUAAAUGAGAAUGAAGAAAAAAGCUACAUAAAGGAUAAAUGUUAGCUGAUGAAAGACGAGAGAAGAAUAUAUACGAAACAUAGAAAAAGAACGACGGAAAGCAUUUUCCGAGCGCGCGAGGAAAUAUCGGAGAUUUUCGAUAUUACGGCAGUGACUUCUGUCCCGGAACCAGACCCAUCUUAAGGUAGUCCAAAUCGAAGGCAUUUUACGUGGAUUGUAUGGUACACUCUAUAGCAAGCACGAAACCCGGGUCGAAUUUCAUCCGUUUAAAAGGACGAAACGCGAGGCGAGGCCGACGGCGACUUACAAUUAGUCUAAUUAUAUCUGAGAUUUCAUCUACUGAUAUAUUUUAGUCAUCUGCCUUCCCCGUUAUACUUGAGAAUAUAUUUGAGUUGGUGAACAACGCAUACGCGCGCAGUCGGAUUUAUCUGAAAGUUCACAUAACUGUAUUGUGGAUAUACCCGCCAGCAUCUCGACGCACCAGAGAAAAUGAGCGCAAUUUAUCUGGCAUCGUAAGCCGUGCUCCAUAAUCUCUUACGUAGUCGAAGAAGAUUGGACGACUUCAUUAUUUUCCGUCACUCAGUCAUAUUCUUGAAUCUCUUCAUACGAGCAUCCUUCGUAACACAACCAGGCGCACAUCGACAUCCGUGAUCCAUUUAACAACGAAAGCAAAGCAAAUGCACUUCCUCGCUUAAGACAUUCGUCGCGUCCUAAUUAGCAUUCGUGAUGCCGCUCAAGAUCGCGAGAUCUUGAGCAGCCAAACUUGGGAUAAGGACGCAUGCAAUGGUGAUCUAAUAUCGCACAAAGGACUAUCCGAGAAACGAGCGGAGAAACUCGUUCCAAUCGAUCAGGGUGAACCGCGUAACUCACAACUCAGGAGACUGUCGAAGGAAGGCCGAUUGACAAUGUCACGGAGGAAAUAGGGAAUUAUUUUUAUAUACAAGCGCGACGAUAAUCAAGUUCGUUGAACAGAUACUUCUCGUGAAAACAAUAAUACGCUCGCAAUAUGCUCGAUUGUAUGAUGUCGGUGUAACAUGUGAUUUUCAGCGAGACGAGCGGAUGGAAGAAUGAAAUAGAAAGAAAGAGAAAGAGAGAGAGAGAGAGAGAGAGAGAGAGAGAGAAAGAAAUCUGAGUGAGAGAGAGAGAGAGAGAGAGAGAAACGAGGGAAACAGCACUUUUGUUCGGAUAAUCGUCGAACCGGUUUUUCCUGUCACCGAUUUUUCCAUCAGGGCCGAUUCGCCGUCGAUCUGACGGUUUCCCUAACGCGAGGAAAUAAAACGUAUUUCUAUUUGUGUAAUCUUGUAAGCUCUGUAAAGUUUUGGGUGUACGUGUACGUGUCUAUAAUCCUUUUGUGCGUGCGAAUAAAUAAACACCGUGCUCGAUGGAGGGGAACCGGAAAAUAGAGCGAUUGCAGUAAACGGUCCCAUCGAAUCAAAGUUGCCCAAGUUUCCUGAUUGCCGUAUUUUUGCGAGGUGAUCUAUUUUAUCGGUCUUUUCGAUAAAGUUGUCUGAUAAAUUUAUCCCUGGACUGGAAUAUCGAUCGAUUUGAUAUUCCAUGGAAACAAAAAUCCUUACAAUCAGACCUGUAUCUGAUUUAAAGAAAAAGUAAAAGUACUCGAAAGCAAUAAGACCAGGAUUAAGUGAAGUUGUUUCAGUUCUUUAUCUCCGUUAAUUCAGUGAUAUUAGCUGACGAGAAGCUCGCUGGAUGUAGAAAGUCAAAUGUAUUAAAAUAUUAGAGCGCGUCGGUGUAAAGAACAAAAAGAUAAAAAAAAGAUAUAUAGUAGACGAGAUAUUUAUCGUUGACAAGAGCAACUUGUGUCUAUUUUCGAUAAAAAGGUAAAAACGUAGUUGAACCAAGCGAGCCAUAUAUGCCUCUACGUCUACAUCUGGAGACUUUUCCGCCGAGGCUAACAUCACUGCCGGUCAGCCCCUCCAGGUACACGAUGAUAAAUGAAUAAAAAACAGAAAAUACAGUAAAACACAUUUACAUAAAAGAAAAAUGAGCGCACGAGGACUACCUACCGUUGUUCUAGCCAAAAAUUUGUAUAGUAGACAAAUAAGACGAGCCGAAAAGUUAUUAUAUCGGGAAUAAAAAAAAAAAAGAAAAAGAGAAGAAAUAUUAUGUAAUAGGCCACGCACGCAGUGCUACGACCGUUACUUUUAGAUAAGUGUACAUACAUACACGUUGCGUUACGUUGAGCGUAUACGACAGCGACUCGUCCUCGCCGAUCGACAAAGAACGGAGGGGAGGCGAGACUCUGAUGUCGCGUCGUCUACGUGAAGAAGAGACUUUAUAUUACGUUGG